AUGAAGAUACUCUUCUUAAUGUUUUUGAUCUCAGUCAUCCAUGCCUGGACACCUGUCCCUUUUGAUAAUAACCUUCCAAAGAUAUAUGGCAAGUGGUAUACAAAUGCCUGGAUGGGAAAUGUGAACAUUCCCGAAGAUAAGAAAAAUCAGAAAAUGCCUUCCUUCAUUAUCAAACCUAUUUCUGCAAAUAAAAUAGAGGCCAAAUUAAAUCUUAAAAAGAGUGGCCGAUGUGAAGAAAUUAAAUUAAUUCUACAGACAACAAAUGAACCUGGGAAAAUGAUCACUUGGGGAAAGCAGAUUGUUGGCUUACUGAACAUAAAAGUAAAAGACAACAUGAUUAUAUAUAUGGAAGGCAAGAUGAAUGGGAAAAACAUCAUAAUGAUGCAGCUUCUAGGUCGAAAUUCAGAUGUUAAUCCUGAAGCUUUCAAAAUAUUUGAAGAAUUUGUCAGGAGCAAAGGACAAGAUGUGGCCAAAAUCAUCAAGCCUGAAGUAGAGGCUGACUGUAUUCCAGGACGAUCAUAGGCUAAGUGGCCUUUGAGGAUUUCAAGUGAAUCUUUUAUAUAAAGGUAAAGUUGA